AUGUCGCUCGAGGCGUCGUCUGCAGUAGCUGCCGCAACGCCUGCACGCCCCGCUGCAGCAGCAGCAACUGCAGCACGAACGUGGAGAACAUGUACAGCAUGCACAGCAGCAGACGAUACAGCAACUUUGCCGGCUGCAGCAGCAGUCCUAUACGGAGCUACAGCUGCAGCAGCACCAGGAGUUGCAGCAGCAGUCGGCAAUGUAAAGGGAGGGGUGAGAAGCGUAAAUCCGCAAUCUGUAGCUACAGCUGCAGCAGCACCAGGAGCCGCAGCAGCAGUCGGCAAUGGAAAAGGAGGGGUGAGAAGCGUAAAUCCGCAAUCUGUAGCUACAGCUGCAGCAGCACCAGGAGUUGCAGCAGCAGUCGGCAAUGUAAAGGGAGGGGUGAGAAGCGUAAAUCCGCAAUCUGUAGCUACAGCUGCAGCAGCACCAGGAGUUGCAGCAGCAGUCGGCAAUGGAAAAGGAGGGGUGAGAAGCGUAAAUCCGCAAUCUGUAGCUACAGCUGCAGCAGCACCAGGAGCCGCAGCAACCCCCACAGCCCGUGCAGUGCAGUCACAGGCUGAUGACCUCCCUGCGCAAAAGGAAACAAUUCGUGAUGGGAAAGGCUGCAGGUGCAGUGCUGCCCAUCAUCACCUUAACCUGCAGGAAGCCGCUGGGGGGGCAGUACGAGCGGCUAACACCCAUACUUCUCCUAGCGCUGCAACUGCAACUGCAACUGCAGAUGCUGCCGCUGCAUCCCCCCCCCUGUUGAGAGGACGCCCGUCGUCUUCUGCAACAUGCGAAGCAGCAGCAGCCAACGGCGCAUCAGCAUGUGCUGCGAAAGCAGCACCGCUGUGCGUGGGAGCUGAGGCAGCCCUCAGGCGUGCCCCCCUUGGGGUGUCUGGACACCUCGCCGGGGCACCCAGCGUUGCUGACGCUUCUUGA